AUGAAAGGACUUUUCGAUGACCCUGACAAACACAUAGUACAAUGGCCAAAUACAGCUUUAAAUGAAUCCAAAGCAAGAAGAUUUGAAGGUCAGAUUAAGCAACCAGACUUUGCUGUUUCCAUUAUCUGUCAAUUACAGACCAAUGCCACCAUAUUUGAGGUGAGGUGUGGAUAUAAAGGUGUUGGGCUUCCAAUGUGUCGGUAA